AUGAGUGAGCUUGAGGCCAGGGUAUUUCAAGUCCUACAUUAUGGGAGCACAGCAGGUGGUUCGUGGCAGUCUCCAGACACAUUGCAAGGACAGAUGGGCACAGGCGAGGGGGAUGCCUCUGCUACAGAAGCUGGACGGGACAGUAUUCACUUGAAGAUUCUGGUGCCCAGCGUGGUGGCUGGAGCAAUCAUUGGCAAAGGGGGAGAAACUAUUGCUCAAAUACAGAAGGAGGCUGGUGCUCGGGUGAAGAUGUCCAAGGCAAAUGAUUUCUAUCCAG